CGGCAGGCGACAGUAGAGUGCAGAAGAAGACGCGGUUUAAAACGUCACUUCCUGUUGGCUAAAGCGUGUUGCGUGCUAAAAGGAAAAUGGCGGGGGACAGCAGAACUGAGGAUUACCCUCACGAGAUAGACGAACAGCUCACAGGCUUCGACUCCUCCGUUUCUUCUGUUAACACCGUGCUGGAGAAGCUGAUGUCGAUGCCCAGAAACGAGCUGCUGCAAAAGCUGGACCCUUUGGAUCAAGCCAAGCUGGAUCUGAUGUCUGCCUACACGCUGAAUUCAUUAUUCUGGAUGUACUUGGUUACACAAGGACUAAAUCCCAGAGAACAUGGAAUCAAACAGGAAUUGGAGCGAAUAAGGACGUACAUGAACAAAGUGAAAGAGAUCACAGACAAGAAGAAAUCUGCCCGUCUGAAUAAGGGAGCUGCUGCACGCUUUGUCAGGAAUGCCCUCUAUGAUCCAGACGAAAGAAAUUCUGGUAAAAAAGCGGCAACCAAGAAAGCAGCAGACUCAAAAUCUGACACCCCGCAGUCAAAGCGUCCAAAGCGGAGCUGAAGUAAAGGACCAGCUCUACAAUUUGGUCCCACUACAUUUUCUACCACUUUUUGCUCACAAGACAACAAAUCGACUUCUCUGGUUGUGUUUACGGGACAUCAUACAAGACAACAUGAGACAUGCAACAAAGUAAACACUAAUGUUUACUGUUGCUCACCAGUCACAUUAUGCUCGCCUGCUGCAAUUUGCAAAUGUUGCUGGAUGUACUGGAAACACAAGACUAAUUGCCAUCUACGACACACCAUCCCAGGUUUUGCUGAACAUAUUUUUGGACACUGAUGAUGGCAACUGCUCCAGAAUUUAAAAGAUCCAAUGUUGUAAUGUUUUUUUGUUACAUCAUUGAGUUGUUGCAAAAUUCUGCAGGGCUCCAUAACCAUGAAAAAAAAUUUCAUUUAGAGAAGUGAGAAAAUUAUUAAUUGGAUCCAUCCAAGUAAUGAAAGAUGUCAUUUAAGAUUGUAUGGGUCCUUCUUUUAGAUCAAUGAGACACAUUAGUUUCUCUCUAUUUUGAAAGUGAUUCUAUGAAUCGUAAGUCAUUUUUUGCAGUUUGGAUGUUUUUACUUACAUGACAUGCCAAACAUUGUAUUGGUAACGUGAUGAUGUAUUGCUUUUAUAAUUGACUGCAUAAAAAUACUCACCAAAAAA